AUGGGGACUCUGAAGGGAAUGGGCCCCAUGUUCAUCUUGCUUCUUCUGGCGACCUUCGUGGUGUUUGAAGCCUCUUGUCAAAGCAAGCUUCAGAACAAGAGGUUCUACAGGGAGCACUAUGACUUUCCCAAGAGCAACUUUUCAGGGAAAUACUGCGAGAGCAUCAUGGAGCAGAGAGGGCUCACCAUGCCCAGGUACAGGGAAGGCAGCACCUUCAUCCAUGCCCCAAAGGAGGACAUUGGGGCUGUGUGUGGGGAUGGUGGAGAAGAGUACCAGAAGAGCCAGAGGACCUAUCGCAGAAGCAAGAACGUCUUUGGUGUGACUAUUUGUGAGCUUAGAGUCACGCCAGGGGAGGAGUCCCAUUCGUACAAGGAAAUCAACGCUCCCAAGCACAUUGUCAUACUCUGCAAGAAAGGACGGCCUGUCCAUUUGGAAGAGACUCAGAACUGA